CGAUAUGUGGUGACUUUCUGGCAAAUUUUGGAAGUCAGCCAAAGUGCGUUCAAUGUUCGACACUCCCCCUAUUUACUCCGAAAGCUGCAUCUCUAUAACUUUGGAGUCAGACAAUCAUUGUGACUCUCCACUUGACACCAGUCCACUGUCGAUUGUGAUAAAGAAAACAUAUUCUCCCGGAAGCACAAAAAUCAAAAUCCCGCUGGGGAUUGUGAUAAAUUGCAUGAAAAUAUUCUCUGCGACAAUUUAGUUUUUUUUUUUGUAAUCUAGUUAGAGUAGUGAAUUUUUUUUUCAAGAGACUGAACAUUGAGAAAAAAAGUUUAUUGAUAUAGUUUUUCUUGAAUUAUUAUUAUUUUUUUGGAUACAAAUAUCUGUCCAGAUUGUAAAUAUGUCACGAUUGGAAAUAUUGAACGAGGAGGAAACUCGUGUCACAACCACUUGUCACCACGAUGGCAUCCACAGCUUUGAGUAAUCACACCAAUAACUUCAUCACACCACCAUCACCGGAAGGCAUCGAAAAAUCCACCAUCAACUCCUUUGAUGACUUUGCCAAGAGUCGAAGUCGAUCCACACGAGCCGCCAGCCUAGCUUUACCCAACAAUUCCAAUCUAUUGGAUCUCCUAGACACAGAACAUCAUUCCACAUAUCUCACACCCAUCAAUCUCUCACCCACUUCCGCCACCAUUCGACGCCACUCUACGCAUCAUUAUCCCAAUAGUACCGUGGAAAUUCCAGAUACCGAAGUCAAUCCCGUGGUGACUCCAAAAAUUCUGCCUCUAGUUCCACCACCAGUGCCGAAGAGAACAUUUCAGGGGAAAUUGGGAACGAAUCAGCCCAGAUUGAGUGAGAAGGGAUCCAGUGAUUACUAUAAGAUGCAAAAUCAGGACACACAGAGUGCCCUGGACAAUGAGGAUCGAUUGAGUAUCGAUUCGUCAUCGUCGGUAUUUGAGGAGAAUGGUGUGGGGGAUUUUGUUCCAUUCGAUGGUACAAAAUCCUUUUUUCAUAGUUCAAAUCGAUCCUCCUCAGACUCCAAUAAGAGUCAAACCACCAUUGACACAGGGUACAUGUCAUCGGCAACUCACCAAUCCUUCCGAAGUCGUUUUUCAUCAGAAGAUACCCAAUCCUCUAUUGAUAGUUACAUGUCGGGCGAAGCACAGCGGUCAGAGGGAUUUCCAUCACCCCCACCGGCUGACAAUCGCAUUUUCAAUCGUAUUCGCGACACUGACAAGGAUACAGGCAGUGGGAGGUAUCACAAGAAUGUGGUGAAGAAUGUGGAAAACUGUCGAAGGCAACUUCCGGCAGUGCCACAGAGACGUCAUCAAGCAACAGUUCCGCCCAAACUUCCACCACCAACCAGUGGAGGAUGUCCUACGACUAGGACUAGAGGAACACCACCGGCUCCUCCUCUGCGUUCACAGACAUCUUUGGACUCAGCCAAAUUGCUGCAUAACAGUCAGGUGUUGGGAAUGCGAAAGGGACUGAAUAAACCACCACCAUUGGCUAAAAUCACCCACCGGCAGGAUUCUAGCAUAAGCAGUGAUAGUUUUUCUGUCACUUCGAGUCCUGGGUACAAUGUCAAGAGCAUGGAAACUCCGUUGCUGCAUCAUACAGCUAAGAUUGGGAGAUCUAGCAUGGUUAAGAUGCCAAGUGAUUCAGCCACGGACAGUUUUAAUAUGACCACGAGACAUCAAAAAGCCAUCAAUGUGCGUCAAGAUUCAAAUGUAUCCAGCGACAGCUUUAGUCAGACAUCUAGUCCGGGAUACUCGUCGAAGUUACUGGACACACCUUUGCUGACAAAUCACAAACUUCAUGCAUUGAAACAGAAUUUCAAAGGUGCUGAUGAGAUUCUCCAUGAAGGUGGCUCUGACAACAAUCCCAGUUCACCAAUUACCAAGAGUGCAUCGACCCCGGCAAGCCUUCAGACGAUUGUACGCUUCCAAAAUGGCUCCAAUAUGUCUCUCCAGCACAAAAUUAUUAACAGGAGAAAAAAUUCCUCUUCAUACAUCCUCCGAGGACCUCUCAAAUUCCGCCUAUGUCAAAUUCUCCUCAAUGCCAUCGCACUUUUGGCAAUUGCUGGAGGUCUUGCGGCAUAUUUCAAUGCAUAUCCCACUGUUAAGUUCAUCAAUAAGACCAUCAUUACACCAACAAGGGCUGAUACACUUUAUAGUCCUGAGGAAUCUUCAGUGAGUGUUGUUGGUGGUAAAAAUCCCGCUCCUGGAGUUUGUCUUCCCGUCAUCGUAAAAUUCUGCCAGCAACACCAACUUCCCUACAAUUUUACCGUCUUUCCCAAUUAUAUUGGACACUUUGGACAGCCUGAAGCACAAGCUGAAUUGGAUGCCUAUGAAGCUCUUGUUGAUGUGAGAUGCUACGAACUGGUAACCCUCCUGCUCUGUUCCCUCUUUGUGCCAAAGUGUAGUUCAACUGGGACAACUGUCCCCCCUUGUCGAAGUCUCUGUACGGAAACAAUGCGACGCUGUGGAUUUUUCUUCGAAGUUUUUGGACUAGAAUUACCAGAAUAUAUAAAAUGCCACCUCUUUGCGGAGUCUAACAAUCCAGAUGAGUGUGUGGGCUCUAGGGAAGUUCAGGAGGCAAAAAUUCGUUCCCAAAAUCCUACAUGUUCGGGUUUCAUGUGUGACAAGAAACGUUGCAUUCCAUCGGAAUGGAAAUGCGAUGGACAUGUUGACUGUAAUGAUCAGACUGAUGAAUCAGAUUGUGUUUUCUGCCCUGAAGGAUCAAUUUACUGUGGCGAGAGGAGAUGUAUGAGUCAGAAGCAUGUUUGCGAUGGAAUUCAGGAUUGUCCCUAUGGACAAGAUGAGCGGAAUUGCAUUCGCUUAAGUGAGAGAAAUGGGGAUUUGGGACGUGGAACUUUGGAAGUUUAUAGGGCAAAUGUAAAGAAAUGGGCACCAGCUUGUAUCUCAAAUUGGGAUCCAGCCACAUCUCCUACAACUAUUUGCUCAAUGCUUGGGUACAGUUCAGUGAAUUCUAGUCGAUUGAAAAUGAUCGGAACGAACAUAACAAUGGUCACACCUACGAAAGAUACUCCUGCUAUGUGGAGGAUGUACCAGAAACGACAGACAAACCUUAUGAAGGAAUUCACCAAUUGUCCAAGUUCAAUGUAUCCGGUGGUGGAACUAACAUGUUCCAAUUUUGAAUGCGGAAAAGUCAAACGACGAAGGAAUUUCAGUGCAAAAACGAGAAUUGUUGGAGGAACACAGAGUUCCCCGGGAGAUUGGCCCUUUUUGGCUGCUAUUCUCGGUGGUCCUGAGGAGAUUUUCUACUGUGCUGGUGUUCUCAUUUCUGAUCAGUGGGUUCUAACAGCAUCACAUUGUGUUGGAAACAUCACAAACCGCAAGAUAAACGAUUGGACAAUUCAGUUAGGGAUGACACGACGCCACAGUCAUACAUACUAUGGGCAGAAGGUUAAAGUCCGAAGGGUGAUACCUCAUCCACUCUACAACUCUUUCGUGGCUCAUGACAAUGACAUUGCUCUGUUUCAGCUCAGCACGCGCGUGGCUUUCCACGAGCACCUUCUGCCCGUCUGCCUCCCACCGCCUCUCAAAGAGAUUAAACCCGGGACACACUGCACCGUGAUCGGAUGGGGCAAAAAGGAAGACAAGAAUACACAGGAAUUUGGGAUUGGGUCAGCCUUUUCUGCUUCCUAUGAACCAGCAGUUAAUGAAGUAUCAGUCCCGGUGCUCAAUCGAGAUCUCUGCAAUGAGUGGCUAGAGAUGCUCAAUGUGACUGAAGGAAUGAUUUGUGCUGGCUAUCAGGAGGGUGGCAAGGAUGCAUGUCAAGGUGACAGCGGUGGUCCACUUCUUUGUCGCGACAGUACCGACAGAGAUCGCUGGUUUGUAGGUGGAAUUGUUUCAUGGGGAAUAAUGUGUGCUCACCCUAAGCUUCCUGGUGUCUAUGCAAAUGUUCCGCGGUACAUUCCCUGGAUUAUGCAGCAGAUUCAAAAGUAUUCAGCUGGGUCAUACUUCACUUAGAAUUUCUAUCGCACCGCCCCUUUCCCAUUCUUCUGACAGUAACUCAACUUUAACCAUAUCCUAGUUAAACAUACAAUAUCAAUAUCUUACUAAAGAUACAAUAUCAUCCUUUUCCCACCACAAGACAUAUCUUUUGUGAACAAGAAGAAAAUAGAAAGAAAAUAUCUCGUAUUUUUCUACAAAACCUACAAAUUUAUUCAUUGAAAAUCGUUAAUUUUUUUUAAAGAAAAAAGAAAAAAAUAUUCUAUUUUGGAAUCCCAUGACUAUAUAUUAUAUGUUGAAAUAUUUAGCUAAACUUCUAUAAUAGGCAAUGCCUUUGAUUAAGAUAAUAAAGUCUGUGAAUUCUUAAAGAAACACAGCAAAAUGCAGGACAGGAGUUUUUAUAGACACGUUUAGAUCCUUCUUUCUAAAAAGAAAUUGUGUGAAAGAAAAAAAUAUAUCAAGAAACUUGGACAAUAAUGUGAAUUUUCGUAGAAAGAAAAUUUUAUUAUAUAUUACCAAAUAAGAGAAUUGUGAAUAAGGGAAUGAUAGAAUCCUUUUUAUUUUGGAAAUGAUGAACAAAACUUUAGUGUCCUUGAUGUCAGACAAUACAUUAUUGAUGAGAAGUGUUUACCAGAUAAAGAAAUAUUUGUUUUUUAGUUAUAAAAAAAAGAAAAUGUAAUGUUUAAUGAAAACCAAAGCCUCUAUGCACAUUCUUUCUAAAAGAAUGGGUGUUUAAAAGAAUAUAGGAAACCAUUGACACUAAAAAUUAAGAUAAAAAAAUGCUUCUUAUGAAAUGAACAAAAAAAAUACAUAUAGAAAUAUUAUAAUUAAUAUUCUUGCUAUCAAGUACUUUAAGGUGAUUGAAAAUGAUUGAAGUAAAUACUUUUUAACUUGAUUAUAAAUUGUAAUUGGACGACAUAUCGUCGCAAAUGAAUCCAUGAUCUUUUGUUAAAUCCUUGUCGAAAAAGAAAUUACCAGAUAGAAUCAACUAAAUACUAAUUUAAGAUGAUAUCCAAUAACUGUGACUGAUUCAAAUUUUAAAAAUAUUUUUGAAUUUUUCGAAAAUGUGAAUCAGACAUGGUAAGUUUAAAAAUUGUGAGAUAUGAAGAUACACUAUUGUGUAGAAAUUGACAAUAAAAGAAAGAGAAACAGAAUUGUGAAAAAAAAACUUGUGUAGAUGUUUAGAAAACAAGAAAA